AUGGCUUCCCCUCAAAUCGGUUGGAUAGGCCUUGGAUCGAUGGGCCUACCCAUGGCCAGCAACCUUCAGAAGCAUUUGAGCUCCAGAAAUGCUUCGAAUCUUAUUUAUUACAACCGCACCAUCACCCGUGGCGACCCUCUCAAAGGCCUUGGCGCUGAACCCGCAUCAACAGCUAAGGAGCUUGUCACCAAGUCUGACAUCAUCUUCCUCUCUUUAAGCGACGACUCAGCCCUUGAAUCGACCCUUGACGCCAUCAUUGAUGCAGAUACGUCUAGUCAACUCACCGGGAAACUCGUCGUGGAUACAUCAACGGUUCACCCAGACUCAUCAGCCAAAGCACAAGCUCGUCUCAAUGAGCAAGGUGCCCAGUUUAUUGCAUCGCCUGUCUUUGGAGCAAGUCCAGUUGCAGCGCAGGGAAGGCUUUUGUGGAUUGUUGCCGGACCUGACGAUGCGGUUGAGAAGAUCAGUCCGUAUAUCGAAGGUGUGAUGGGGAGAGGAGUUAUUCGCGUUGGUGAAGAUGUGCGGUUAUCUAGCAAAAUGAAGACAGCAGGCAACUUUAUAACGGCUGGUAUGAUGGAGGUCAUAGCAGAAGCGCACGUCCUAGCCGAGAAAUCCGGCCUAGGAAGUAAGAACCUCGAAGCUUUGAUCGACCAGCAAUACGGUCCCCUGGCACUCUCCAUGUCUCAACGGCUGACAACUGGAGCAUACAUGCCAGCAAGGAGCGACAGGCCGUGGUCAGAUUUAAACUUGGCAAUCAAAGAUGUCGGUCAUGGAAUUGCUCUUGCAGAGCAAUCUGGCUCGAGACUAGAGGUUGCUGAAAUUGCUAUCAAGCAUCUGAAAGAUGCCAAACAGUUUUCGGACGCUGAGGAACGACCGCUUGAUUCGUCUUCUAUGUACGGCAUACUACGGAAGGAGGCUGGAUUGUCUUUUGAAACUGAACUUGUGAAGAAAAGGGAUGAGAAGAAAGAUUAA